UACAACCGAAAAUGAAUUCCCAUCAAACCCAACUCCUUCGACGACUACACUGUAUUCUUCUUCAUUUUACCCACUGGGUGUAUACGCAACUCUGUCGAAAUUACAAAUCUGAUAUACAGCUGCUGUGCGUUUCUCUGGUUUAUUUGGGGCAAGCUUCCUUCCGAAGAACUACUGGGGUCAACGAUGAGGGGAUGGGGAUCUGUGCGUCGACGGAGUCCUCUGUGUACAAUGGUGGACCAUCGCAAUGUACUGGUGCUUAUGGGACAAUGCCCGAUAAAAUGAAUGAAUGCCAAAAGCGUGUCAUCAUGCCUUGAACGAUUUUGACUUCCGACCUGCUUAUCGCUUAUGGGGCGUUAUCGCAGGCACGUAGCGUUUAGAAAUGUCAUUCUUCUGAAUCAGCCCGAUCUUGUAUCAGAAAACAUCCGAGGAAUAUGGAACAUACUGUUAGAAUCGGUUUGUCCUGACAUUUGGACACAUUAUUCAUGACUGUGGAAAGAACUGCUGCUAGUUAUACGCUGAGAACUCCGUUUACUCUCAAGAUACCUCACACGGACUCCCGAGCUCUAAUUUCUAAGCUCAUAAACAUCCAAGCAUUCUCCAAUCCAGCUGGUAUGGGUAUCGGGAAAGCAGCAUCCAUCACCGACACUCAUCUAAUUGUGGACACUUCAUGAAGGCAAAAGAACAACUUCCCGUGACAGGUUUAUUACCACUGGGCUCAAUCCAUUUACAAGCCUUAUCGUGUUGUAUUACAGGGCACGCAACAUGUUCCUCAAAUCCUGCUUUGAUACACAAUCUUCCUUUUGCACUCGAUGCCCUCACAAAAAAAUUACAGACCAAAGGCUAUAUUGUACUUGAGACGGCAGGACAUUCAUUGCAAAAGGAAUCAAAUUUUUUGAAAUGAUAGAAGGAAAGGGAAUGCUUAUCCUGAUAUAUACGUAGAAGGAAAAUGUAUUCAUUGAGAAGAGAACGAAUUAGAAGAGAACGAAUUGGAAAAGAUGCUAGGUUGAGCCGGCUCAGAGGGGAUUGACCCAAAUAAUGGGGCUGGAUUCUAGUUGAAAUACCAUCUGGCAUACAUACCAUCAUGAGAAAUCGC